AUGGAGAAAUACUCUCAAUUCAGGGACAAAGGCACUGCCAUCGCACCCUUCCUCCCCGUCCCCACGCCCACCUCCUCCGCACUCUGGACUCCCGUCCACAUCCUCCUGUUCCUCGUCCGCCUCCCCGCCGUAACCUUCCUCUCCUUGUUCUAUUUCACCUUCCUCGAAUUCCUGCCCGUGGGCUCGUUCAUCAAGACAUGCGUGCUCUGGCUCAUACUCGCCAUCCCCGGCGUGUGGUGGGUAGACCUACAGGUUGACGGCGUCAAGCGAGGGUAUGUCACUAACAUCCAUUCCUCCCUGUACGGCUCGACGGGGGCGCGGGCGCUCGCCGCGAACUUCUUCGCCGUGUCGCAGAGCACCAAGGCUGAGCAACGUGCGCGGGACAACAGGAACCUCGCCAACGCGAAAGACCACCUGCCCUACGCGGGCACCGUCAUCGCGAGCAGCUUUACCAGCCCGCUCGACCCCCUCUACCUCGCCGGCAUCUUCUCCCCCGUCUUCACGCGCUCCUACCCGGGCUACAAGAAGGUCGAGCAGAUCUCGCUGCUCGGCGCCAUACUCCUCGCGUUCGCGCCGCCGAAGCUCGAGCCGAACAACCCGGACAAGCUCGUCACGCUGCAGGAGCUGAAGAAGAGGAACCCGGGGUCUAUCAUCUGCGUGUUCCCGGAGAGCACUACGACGAACGGACGCGGCAUCCUGCCGUUCAGUCCGAGCUUACUGACCGCAGACGAGAAGACGAAGGUUUUCCCGGUUAAUCUCAGGUACACGCCCGGAGACGUGACGACUCCUGUCCCUGGAAACUACUUCUCGUGGUUUUGGAGGUUGCUGUCUAAGCCCACGCAUGUGAUGCGCGUCAGGAUCGCAAUGCCGCAUUACAUGGUGGCGGCACCGUCGGACAAGUGGGUGGAUGAUGUUGGCAAUGACAUGGGGUACGACACGAACAUCUUCGACGACCUGAAGCUCAGAAACAGGACGGUGGAGAAGGACACGAGGAACGGGGAGAGCGAGGGCGUCGGCGAGGCGGAGCGGAAGGUGCUCGAUCGCGUGGCGGAGGAUCUGGCGAGACUUGGGAGGGUGAAGAGGGUUGGAUUGGGCGUCGUGGACAAGAUCGAGUUUGUGAAGGUCUGGACUAGCAGGCGGCGGUAG